AUGGCCGAUCACGGUGGUCCGCCUCAGACCGAGCCUCAUGCGAUUCCAGAUUCGAUUCUGGAGGAAAAAUCGCGAAAAUGGAAGCAACUGCAAGGAAAACGGUAUUCAGAGAAGAAGAAGUUUGGAAUGGCUGACACACAAAAGGAAGAAAUGCCACCUGAGCAUGUUAGAAAAGUUAUCAGAGAUCAUGGAGAUAUGACUUCUCGCAAAUAUCGUCAUGAUAAAAGAGUUUAUCUUGGAGCUCUCAAGUAUAUGCCACAUGCAGUACUGAAACUCCUAGAAAACAUGCCGAUGCCUUGGGAGCAAAUCCGAGAUGUGAAAGUUUUAUAUCACAUCACUGGAGCUAUUACGUUCGUAAACGACAUUCCUCGAGUUAUCGAACCGGUUUACAUGGCUCAAUGGGGAACAAUGUGGAUCAUGAUGAGAAGAGAAAAGCGUGAUCGUCGGCAUUUCAAACGGAUGAGGUUCCCUCCAUUCGAUGAUGAAGAACCACCACUUGAUUAUGCUGACAAUAUUCUUGAUGUGGAGCCAUUGGAGCCAAUCCAGAUGGAGCUUGAUCCGGAAGAAGAUGGCGCCGUUGCUGAAUGGUUCUAUGAUCAUAAACCGUUAGCUACCACUCGUUUUGUGAAUGGACCGACAUACAGGAAAUGGGCAUUCAGUAUUCCUCAAAUGUCAACUCUCUAUCGUCUUGCUAAUCAGUUACUGACCGAUUUAGUAGAUGAUAAUUAUUUUUAUUUAUUCGACAUGAAGAGUUUCUUCACUGCCAAAGCACUCAAUGUGGCCAUCCCCGGAGGUCCGAAAUUCGAGCCAUUGGUGAAGGAUUUGCACACGGAUGAAGAUUGGAAUGAAUUCAAUGACAUAAAUAAAGUAAUUAUUCGAGCUCCUAUCCGCACGGAAUACAGAAUUGCUUUCCCAUUCAUGUACAACAAUUUGAUCAGCUCGUUGCCGGUUCAGGUUUCUUGGUACCACACGCCGUCCGUUGUGUUCAUCAAAACUGAAGAUCCUGAUUUACCAGCAUUCUACUAUGAUCCAUUGAUCAAUCCGAUUGUAUUAAGUAAUCUGAAAGCUACAGAGGAAAAUUUGCCAGAAGGAGAAGAAGAUGAUGAUUGGGCACUCCCAGAAGACGUCAGACCAAUUUUUGAAGACGUUCCUCUUUAUUCUGAUAACACGGCGAAUGGUUUAGCACUUCUUUGGGCUCCACGUCCAUUCAACUUGCGAUCCGGAAGAACAAGAAGAGCUGUGGAUGUUCCAUUAGUGAAGUCAUGGUACCGAGAACAUUGCCCCGCCGGAAUGCCCGUAAAGGUGCGCGUAUCUUAUCAGAAGCUUCUCAAAGUCUUUGUUCUCAAUGCACUCAAGCACCGUCCACCAAAGCCUCAAAAACGUCGCUAUUUGUUCCGUUCAUUCAAAGCUACGAAGUUCUUCCAAACUACGACUCUCGAUUGGGUGGAAGCAGGAUUGCAAGUUCUCCGUCAAGGUUACAACAUGCUCAAUCUUCUCAUUCAUCGAAAGAAUCUCAACUAUCUUCAUCUUGACUACAAUUUCAAUCUGAGCCAAGAAAUCUUGCGUCUCACGAAGCUAGUUGUAGAUGCUCAUGUCCAGUAUCGGUUAAACAAUGUGGACGCCUAUCAGUUAGCUGAUGGACUCCAAUACAUUUUUGCACACGUCGGUCAGCUGACAGGAAUGUAUCGUUACAAGUACAAACUAAUGAGACAAGUGAGAAUGUGCAAAGAUCUGAAGCAUUUAAUCUACUAUCGUUUCAACACUGGACCAGUCGGCAAAGGUCCCGGAUGUGGUUUCUGGGCACCUGGAUGGAGAGUUUGGUUGUUCUUCCUCCGAGGAAUCACGCCGCUUUUGGAAAGAUGGCUUGGUAAUCUCCUUUCUCGACAGUUCGAAGGUAGACAUUCAAAGGGUGUUGCCAAGACAGUCACCAAGCAGAGAGUCGAGUCUCACUUCGAUCUUGAGCUUCGUGCCGCAGUUAUGCACGACAUUUUGGAUAUGAUGCCAGAUGGAAUCAAACAAAACAAGGCUCGUGUUAUUCUGCAACAUCUCUCCGAAGCAUGGCGUUGCUGGAAAGCUAACAUUCCUUGGAAAGUUCCUGGACUACCGACACCUGUUGAAAAUAUGAUUCUUCGAUAUGUGAAGGCAAAGGCGGAUUGGUGGACGAACUCUGCCCAUUACAACAGAGAACGUGUUAGACGAGGAGCUACUGUCGAUAAGACUGUGUGCAAGAAGAAUUUGGGACGACUGACGAGAUUGUAUUUGAAAUCCGAACAAGAAAGACAACACAACUAUCUCAAGGAUGGUCCAUACAUCUCGGCCGAAGAAGCUGUCGCGAUUUAUACAACAACCGUCCAUUGGCUGGAGUCACGACGAUUCUCUCCUAUCCCAUUCCCACCGCUUUCCUACAAACACGAUACUAAGCUGUUGAUUCUAGCUUUGGAAAGACUGAAGGAAAGCUACAGCGUCAAAAAUCGUUUGAACCAGUCACAAAGAGAAGAGUUGGCCUUGAUUGAGCAGGCUUAUGACAAUCCUCACGAAGCUCUAUCUCGUAUCAAGAGACACAUGCUCACGCAACGUGCAUUCAAGGAAGUUGGAAUUGAGUUCAUGGAUCUCUACACUCAUCUGAUUCCCGUUUACGAUAUUGAGCCAUUGGAGAAGGUUACGGAUGCCUACCUCGAUCAGUACCUCUGGUAUGAAGCUGAUAAGAGAAGAUUAUUCCCAUCGUGGGUCAAGCCGGGUGACACAGAACCGCCACCAUUGCUCACCUACAAGUGGUGCCAAGGACUCAAUAAUCUUCAAGACGUGUGGGAGACAAGUGAAGGAGAAUGUAACGUUAUAAUGGAGACAAAGUUGGAGAAAAUAGCUGAGAAGAUGGAUUUGACGUUGCUAAAUAGACUUCUGAGACUGAUCGUGGAUCACAAUAUUGCUGAUUACAUGACAUCCAAGAACAACGUUCUUAUCAACUACAAGGAUAUGAAUCAUACAAACUCCUUUGGAAUCAUCCGCGGUCUUCAAUUUGCUUCAUUCAUUGUCCAAUUCUAUGGACUAGUUCUCGAUUUACUUGUCCUCGGUCUUCGACGUGCUUCAGAAAUUGCUGGACCACCACAAUGUCCGAACGAGUUCCUACAAUUCCAAGACGUUGCCACCGAAAUCGGCCAUCCAAUUCGUCUUUAUUGCCGUUACAUUGACCGAGUGUGGAUUAUGUUCCGCUUCAGUGCUGAUGAGGCUCGUGAUCUGAUUCAACGUUAUCUGACAGAGCAUCCAGAUCCAAAUAACGAGAAUAUUGUUGGAUACAAUAACAAGAAGUGUUGGCCAAGAGAUGCACGAAUGCGGCUGAUGAAACAUGAUGUCAACUUGGGAAGAGCCGUGUUCUGGGACAUCAAGAAUCGUUUGCCUCGUUCCAUCACAACCGUCGAGUGGGAGAAUUCAUUUGUGUCUGUCUACAGUAAGGACAACCCGAACAUGCUCUUCGAUAUGUCCGGAUUCGAAUGUCGCAUUCUUCCAAAAUGUCGUACCGCAAAUGAAGAAUUCGUCCAUCGAGAUGGUGUUUGGAAUCUUCAGAAUGAGGUUACUAAGGAAAGAACUGCUCAAUGCUUCCUGAAAGUGGACGAAGAGUCGCUUUCCAAGUUCCACAACAGAAUUCGACAAAUCUUGAUGUCUUCGGGAUCAACUACCUUCACGAAAAUUGUCAACAAAUGGAAUACUGCACUUAUCGGUUUGAUGACCUACUUCAGAGAAGCCGUGGUCAACACACAAGAACUUCUGGAUCUGCUGGUGAAAUGUGAAAACAAGAUUCAAACUAGAAUCAAGAUUGGACUGAACUCGAAAAUGCCUUCCCGUUUCCCACCUGUUGUUUUCUAUACACCAAAAGAAAUCGGAGGACUUGGAAUGCUCUCAAUGGGACACGUUCUGAUUCCUCAGUCAGAUCUCAGAUGGAUGCAGCAAACAGAAGCAGGAGGUGUCACUCACUUCCGUUCGGGAAUGAGUCAUGACGAAGACCAGUUGAUUCCAAAUCUGUACAGAUACAUUCAGCCGUGGGAAGCUGAGUUCGUGGACUCGGUUCGUGUUUGGGCAGAAUAUGCCUUGAAGAGACAAGAAGCGAAUGCCCAGAACAGAAGACUUACGCUGGAAGACCUCGACGAUUCAUGGGAUCGUGGAAUUCCGAGAAUCAAUACACUGUUCCAAAAAGACCGACACACUUUGGCCUACGAUAAGGGAUGGCGUGUGAGAACAGAAUUCAAGGCCUACCAAAUUUUGAAGCAGAAUCCAUUCUGGUGGACUCAUCAGAGACACGACGGAAAGCUAUGGAACUUGAACAACUACAGAACCGACAUGAUUCAGGCGCUUGGAGGAGUAGAAGGAAUUCUCGAACAUACAUUAUUCAGAGGAACCUAUUUCCCGACAUGGGAAGGACUGUUCUGGGAACGUGCUUCUGGAUUCGAAGAAUCUAUGAAAUUCAAAAAGCUCACCAACGCUCAACGAUCUGGUCUCAACCAAAUUCCGAACCGUCGUUUUACUCUCUGGUGGUCUCCCACUAUCAACCGUGCAAAUGUCUACGUCGGUUUCCAAGUACAACUGGAUCUCACAGGAAUUUUCAUGCACGGAAAGAUUCCAACACUGAAGAUUUCACUCAUUCAAAUCUUCCGUGCUCACUUGUGGCAGAAGAUUCACGAGUCGGUAGUUAUGGAUCUGUGUCAAGUGUUCGAUCAAGAACUUGAUGCACUUGAGAUUCAAACUGUGCAGAAAGAAACUAUCCAUCCAAGAAAAUCGUAUAAGAUGAACAGUUCUUGUGCCGACGUGCUUCUGUUCGCUCAAUAUAAAUGGAAUGUUUCGAGACCGUCGUUGAUGGCAGAUAGCAAGGAUGUUAUGGACAAUACCACCACGCAAAAGUACUGGCUUGAUGUUCAACUCCGUUGGGGAGAUUACGAUUCUCACGAUGUGGAACGUUAUGCACGUGCCAAAUUCCUUGACUAUACCACUGACAACAUGUCCAUCUAUCCAUCACCAACCGGAGUUCUCAUCGCUAUAGACCUGGCGUACAAUUUGUACUCGGCAUAUGGAAACUGGUUCCCUGGAAUGAAACCUCUGAUUCGACAAGCUAUGGCUAAGAUCAUCAAAGCCAAUCCAGCCUUCUACGUGCUUCGUGAACGUAUUCGCAAGGGAUUGCAGCUCUACUCGUCUGAACCUACCGAGCCAUAUUUGACAAGUCAGAACUAUGGAGAAUUGUUCAGUAACCAAAUCAUCUGGUUCGUCGAUGAUACCAAUGUGUACCGUGUCACCAUUCACAAGACUUUCGAGGGUAACUUGACAACAAAGCCAAUCAACGGAGCUAUUUUCAUCUUCAACCCACGUACUGGGCAGCUUUUCCUGAAAAUCAUUCAUACUUCCGUAUGGGCUGGUCAGAAACGUUUGUCUCAAUUGGCCAAAUGGAAAACUGCUGAAGAGGUUGCUGCUUUGAUUCGCUCAUUGCCAGUUGAAGAACAACCACGUCAAAUCAUCGUCACCAGAAAAGCUAUGCUCGAUCCAUUGGAGGUGCAUCUUCUCGAUUUCCCGAACAUUGUCAUCAAGGGAUCCGAGCUUAUGCUUCCAUUCCAAGCUAUCAUGAAAGUUGAGAAGUUUGGAGAUUUGAUUCUGAAGGCAACCGAACCCCAGAUGGUACUCUUCAAUUUGUACGAUGACUGGCUGAAGACUAUCUCGUCAUAUACUGCGUUCUCUCGUGUUGUACUGAUCAUGCGUGGAAUGCAUAUCAAUCCAGACAAGACUAAAGUGAUUCUGAAACCUGACAAGACCACAAUCACGGAACCUCAUCACAUUUGGCCAACACUUUCUGACGAAGACUGGAUCAAAGUGGAGCUGGCGUUGAAGGAUAUGAUUCUGGCUGAUUACGGAAAGAAGAACAAUGUCAAUGUUGCUUCGUUGACUCAAUCCGAAGUGAGAGAUAUUAUUCUCGGUAUGGAAAUUUCGGCACCAAGUCAGCAACGUCAACAGAUUGCUGACAUCGAAAAACAGACGAAAGAACAAAGUCAAGUGACCGCCACAACAACACGAACUGUGAACAAACACGGAGAUGAGAUUAUUACGGCUACAACAUCUAACUACGAAACAGCUUCAUUCGCCAGUCGAACUGAGUGGAGAGUUCGUGCCAUCUCUUCGACCAAUCUUCAUCUCCGUACUCAGCAUAUCUAUGUGAACUCUGAUGAUGUGAAAGAUACCGGUUACACUUAUAUCCUACCAAAGAAUAUACUCAAGAAGUUCAUCACUAUCUCCGAUCUUCGUACCCAAAUCGCUGGUUUCAUGUAUGGAGUUUCACCGCCCGACAACCCGCAGGUUAAGGAAAUCCGUUGCAUUGUUCUUGUUCCACAAACAGGAAGUCAUCAGCAAGUAAAUCUACCCACGCAGCUUCCGGAUCACGAACUGCUUCGUGAUUUCGAGCCACUCGGAUGGAUGCAUACCCAGCCAAAUGAACUUCCACAAUUGUCUCCACAAGACGUAACAACUCAUGCAAAGCUUCUCACCGAUAACAUCACUUGGGACGGAGAAAAAACUGUGAUGAUUACAUGCAGUUUCACUCCUGGCUCUGUUUCUCUCACCGCGUAUAAGCUGACUCCAUCUGGAUACGAAUGGGGCAAGGCCAAUACGGAUAAGGGAAAUAAUCCAAAAGGAUACAUGCCAACCCAUUACGAAAAGGUGCAGAUGCUUCUAUCAGACCGUUUCCUUGGAUACUUCAUGGUCCCAUCCAACGGUGUCUGGAAUUACAAUUUCCAAGGACAACGCUGGUCGCCUGCCAUGAAGUUCGACGUCUGUCUUUCUAAUCCUAAAGAAUAUUACCAUGAAGAUCAUCGCCCAGUUCACUUCCACAAUUUCAAGGUAAUCAUAAAUUUAUCCGUAGAUCAUCAAGAACCGCGACAUUGGAAAAAUGAUGAUCUUGGGCAAACAAAGCGACAAGAAAACGAGCAAAUGUCAGCUGUCGUUGUAGCGGAGAAACUGAGAAUCUCUAUGAGAAUAGCCUCAUCUUUUUUUCUCUAUUGCAAAAAUGCCUUUUUGUUUCGUCCGCACGCCGCCAUUCCGUUGUUCUUUAUUACCUGGAAAAUUUCGCGGGCGGCUUCCCGGUCAAGUUUCAAGGCCUUGCCCCAAAAACACUACGGUAAAUACGGUAGUAUUCCAACGCCAGAAAUCUCAGUAGCCCUCUCUCAUAAGCUACAGUACCCCUGGGAACGAGAAACUUCAAAACUUCCAAAACCCCUUUCCUUCCCAAAUUCUUUUUACUUUGUUUUUGUCCAAAGAAUACCACAAAACUCAUUUUUCUGUCUAACCCUUUCAUCAUCUCUGCCAAUCAAUCAUGUCUUCCGCCAACACCUUUCUUUUUCCACGUCUUCUGCUUCUGACUCGUUUUGA